GGUAAAAGUUUCAUGAGCAGGUAAAAUAAAUAGUACAGCUUGGAGACAGCGUGUUUUUUUUUUUAAUUGUUUGUACGGUCCGGCGUUUUGAAACGACGCGCGGCAAGGACGCCUGCGCAGCUUUCACUACACGCAAAGCGCUCUCGCGACGCCCGUGCUGCCGCGGGACACGCGCCGCAGCGCCCGCCGCGGGACGCGCCGCCUGCGACGCCUGCGACGAAACCGAGGUCCGACGCACCGGCCGCCCGCAGGUCCCUCAUCGACGGAGAUAAAGGAAAUGCGCGUCCUGGCCGCGCUCUGUGUCGUCGCGCUAGACGCAGCGCGCGGCGCCCCCGACGCGGCCCAGGUCGCCAGGGUCCAGCAGCAAAUCGCCGACACGCGACGGGAGAUCCUCGAGCUCUACGGGGCGGACCUCGACGGGCUGAGCGAAGGCGUCGUGUUUCCGGGCGGCCCGCAGGGCCGGCAGCAGCUCGUCGAGCGGUUUCUGCGGGCCUUUGCGCUGGGGGAUUCGUUCGUGAUCGCGGUCGGCGGCAUGAGCGACGUCGCCGGCCACGGCAACUACUUCGAGGAGGCGUACCCGAACGUGUGCGGCGACGCGCUGCGGCCGGUCUUCGAGGCCGCGGGCGUGCGCUUCCAGGUGCGGAACAUGGCCAUGGGCGGCGUGCCGUCGUUUCCGAACUCGGUGUGCAUGGCGGACAACUUCGGGGGCGACGCCGACGUGGUGGUGUGGGACUUCCGGAUGGUCGAGCGCGACGUGCACAAGGGCGAGCUGUUCAUCCGGCAGGCGUUGCUCAUGCCGCGGGCGCCGUUCGUCAUGUACAAGCGCUACCAGUCCUACCUGCGGAAGGACCUCAAGUACGCGUGGGAGCCGGCGGGGCUGCACGUCGUCGACGAGAUGGCGGCCUACAACAAGCUGAAGAAGCGGUCGCCCGCCCUGCAGAACGACCGGUUCUGCGCCAAGGACCCGUGCCCAUGCCCCGGUCAGGUCCGCUGGCACGCCGGCUUCAAGCUGCAGCGGUUCCGCGGGCCCCGGCGUGCAAGUCACGUUUCGGUGCGCCUUCAAACUGGACGCACCUCCACGAUGGCCUAGAGGACGACGCCAGUACUCUCUCGGUCGAUAACACUGGUUGAUUUGCACGCAGGCGGGCACCACAUGGCGCUCGCCUACUUGGACCUCUUCGCGGACGCCGUGGCGACGUACGGCGCGCUUCUGGCGGACGGCGGUGCGCCGGGUCCCGACGACGCGCGCUGGACCAUCCGGAGGCGACCCACCUUGCCGGAACCGUUCUCGAAGCCGCUGCAGGCGGCGUUCGGGUCGACGGCGUACCGCUGCGCGAUGACGUGGCAGCCGCGCGUCGGGCGGGGCUUGCUGGACCUGGUGGACCCCCAGCUCGGCAUCAACGGCUGGGAGCUCCGCCAUCCCUCGGAGCGCACCAAGAAGGUCACCGAGCAGGGCCAGGGCCAGUGCAUAAAUCAAAUUGUCGCCACCCGAUUCCACGUGUUGAUUUGUGCACAGGCCAGGGCGCGUGCCACUACCGCGACGAGAAGCGGAGCCUGGUCGGGAACGCCAAGUCGCACUGGGUCUUUUUCAACGUGCCCGGUGUGCGGGACGGCGGGUCGAUCGCCUUCUGCGGCGACUUCGCCUCGCGGAAGUUCCAGGACUACGCGCUCAUCGUCGUGAACCAGGAGGAAGUCAUGGGCGAGCUCGAGCCGUGGCUCGAGUCGAAGACGCUGGGCGUCGCGUCGGCGUGCUUCUCCACGUCGCACAACGUCGUCGAGGGCGACAACGUCGUCGGCUUCCGCGUCGUGUCGGGCGACCUGUCCUUGGCGCUCACGCACCUCGUCUGGACCUAG